AAAAAAAAAUUCUCAUUUUCUAUGAAAGAUUGGGCAAAAAUCAACGAUUGAGGUUAUGUGAAACUCAAAUUAAUAAUUUAAAAGGAAAAUGUGUAAUCAAGAGCAUAGUUUAAGGGUCUAAAUGUAAUCUUUCCCAAAAUAAAACUAUAUAUAAUUAGUUGCAUACAGAUCAGAGGCCUCACUUUCCUUGCAAAUCAAUCAACCUCGUAGUCGUAGCUCUCUCUGUAUUACCAGGCGAAUGGCGAUGGAGAAGAACAAGAGCUUUGAUGGCAAACCUUCGAACCACAAGGUAAAACUAUUGUGCAGAUUUGGGGGGAAGAUUCAAACCAGGUCUCAAGACCACCAACUCACGUACAUCGGCGGCGACACAAAAAUCCUGACCGUUGAUCGAAGAAUCAAGUUCUGCGACAUUUUCACGAAGAUUUUCACCUUAUGCAAUUUAAGCAGUGAAUUCUGCUUAAAGUAUCAGUUGCCCGGUGAAGAUCUCGACGCAUUAGUGUCUGUGAUCGACGACGACGAUCUUGAGCACAUGAUGGUUGAGUACGACCGGUUACUUGGGAUUCCGACGGACAAACCAGCUCGUCUCCGGCUGUUCUUGUUUCCGACGAACCCGCCGGUCAAGGCAGGUUCGGAUACACCGUUCAAUCCGGAUUUUCUUUUUGGGUUUGACAAGGAAUUGCAAGUGAAUUAUACGCCGACAUACGAGAUUCCUCAGAUUCCUGGUGUGAGCAUGCCUGAGAUUUCCGGGUCGGAUCCACAUGAAGGAGCCCUAGUGAAGACGGGAAUUCCGGGGCAAGGAUCACGUGAAAGUCACGUGAUAUAUGGAGAGUUUGCGGCACAGUUUGGGUUUCACAAGGGCUCUCAAGUAUAUACCACAGCGACGACAUGCGAGAGUCCUCAGAUUCAGGGUAUGGGAAUCCCCGACGUUUACGGGUCGAAUCCACGUGGAAGUCAGGUGACAUGCGAAGGUUUAGCUGGACAGCUAGUUUACCCGCUGGCAUUAACGACCACCGGGUUUGGGACGGUGCCUUACGCCUCGGCGGGUGUGGUUACAGGUUAUUUGAACCGUGAACAGCCGGUUUACAAUUUCGUUCCAUCGAUGCCUACGGUUCCAGAACAGAUCACUGGGGGUGGUGGGUAUGCGCAAGUGAGGCCUAUUGCAAACGUGGUGACUCAACAGGCAAAGUUUUCACAGAGCAAUGUUUGAGAUUGGGUCUACGUUUUGGUCGUUGAAGUCUAGUACAUAGGUAAAUAUUACUUGUGAAUUGUAUUUCUAUUCUUGUGACAAAUUUGUUUUAAUUUUAGUGAGAUUCAACUGUUUAUGGUUUUUCAAUCUUUAGCCAUACUGGCUGCUGACACCCUUCCUCAUAGAUGCAGAGUUAGCAACUAUGAAUAUCAUUUCACUGAAUCGACACGAAACCUAAAAGAAUUAGUGUAUAAAUUUAGUCUUAAUUGAUUAAUUUCAUUGACUAUUGGGCUUGCUUAGAUAUGAAAAAUAUAGUACUUAUGAUAUAAACGGAUCAGAUGCAACACGAAUGACGUAAACAUUGGGAUAAUUUGUGGACCCAAAAGUG